AUGCAGCCGCGACUAUGGUUUUCCUUCGUCAGGAAAUGUCCAGCUCCUUGUCGCAAAAUUUCCACCAGUGUCUCCCAUGAUGCCAGUAAAAUCCGAAACAUGGCUCUGGUAGCACAUAUCGAUUCUGGCAAAACUACUCUAACUGAAUCAAUCCUGCUCCAGUCAUCCUACAUAACGGCUUCUGGAUCCGUAGAUACAGGCAGUACCACGACAGACUUUCUUCCUGCGGAAAGGGAACGCGGAAUUACAAUCCAGUCGGCUAGUAUUCCAGUGAAAUGGAAAAACUGGACGUUCAAUCUUAUCGAUACACCAGGCCAUGCCGACUUUGGAAUGGAAGUUGAAAGCGCCAGUCGUGUCAUCGAUGGUGCUGUCGUCCUAAUCGACUCCGUGGAAGGUGUCGAAGCACAGACAAAAGGUGUGUGGAAACAAUUAGAUAGGUAUGGAGUCCCGACACGUAUGAUGUUCUUGAACAAGCAGGAUCGUCCAGGGGCUUCCUUCAAACUGUCUAUCCGUUCUCUGCUCACGCACCGUCUCCACCCUCAUCCAAUGGUCUUGACGCUCCCUAUCGCGUCAUUUGACCCGCAAGACUACAUGCAUGCGGAGCCUGGUAUACAAGGUCUCGUCGACCUCCUGAAGUGGGAGAUAUGGCGAUGGAACGAAGCUGGAGAAUCUACUUGCUAUCCGCUACCUACCGACGUCCAGGCCCUGGAAGAACUCGAAUUCAUACCUUCUCAUCAUCCUAUUAUACCUCAACUUGCACCUGCGCGCACCCAACUACUAGAAAACCUCUCAAUGUUCUCAGAGGAUCUCAUGGAAACACUGCUCGCACUACCCUCAGAGCCUUCUUCCUAUCUUGGUAUCAAAUAUUCUGAUAUCAUCCCUCAUCUACGGAAGAGUACGCUCGAGAACAAAAUCUUACCUGUGGUCUGUGGCUCGGCGAUCAAACACAUCGGAACCAGCAUUGCGAUGGAUUAUGUCGGGGAAUUAUUCGCUAGUCCUCUAGAUGUCCCUCACGACUCUGCCAAAAAUGCACCGUUGCGUAUGUUAGCGUGGAAAGUCAGCUGGGAUCAGAAACGAGGCUGGAUGACCUAUGUACGGGUUUACUCGGGGAAGCUAACGAGGCAAAGCGCGGUUCUAAAUGCAACUCGGAACCAGAAGGAAAAAGUUUCUAAACUUCUGCUCAUGUACGCUUCGGAGCCUGUAGAGGUCGACGAACUACCGUUUGGUGCAGUGGGCGUUGUAUUAGGUCUCAAAUUUACCCGUACAGGCGACACUCUUGUAUCUCCAGGAGCUCCUCCUUCGGCUCGGUCAGUCAUGCAAGAUAUCGUACCUCCCAAAGCAGUUAUCUCGGCUUCUGUUAUACCACACUCUCAUUCUGAUCUGGAACCCGUACAAAAUGCAUUGGAAUCGCUCUCCCGUACGGAUCCUUCUGUUCGUUACGACCUUCAGGAAGGGCAGAUAUUAGUCCAUGGUCUAGGAGCUCUACAUCUCGAAAUUGUUGAAGGACGACUCCGUAGUGAAUUCCAAGCCAACUUCGAGCUGGGCAAACGCCGUGUUAGUUAUCGAGAAUCCCUGGGUCCAAACUACGAUCCUCCUCAUUAUGAAAAGCCGCUUAUUACCAAUAACGAUAAAGCGGAUAUAGCUGGGACUUCCGUUGUUGUUGCGUUGGAUAUCCGGCCUCUACAGGACGAUGAAGAAGGUAGCCCACUUUGGGAUGGAAAUCUUGUUUUGAAUAAAGCAGGAGUUGCUAUACCUUCCCCGGAAUCGUCUUCCACUGCAAAUCCAGAACUUUUGAUAGCUUCAGGAAUUGCAACUGCCCUUUCGAGCUCUCCACAUUCCUCGCUACCCAUGUCACAUCUCCGCAUACAGAUCCGCGAAUGGUCCACUCCGUCCCCGUUAUCUUUACUUACGGGCGCGAGCGCCAUCAUUAUGCGCAAUCGUAUACGGAAAGCCGGCAUGGGCUCGCUUAUGGAACCAUACUCCUUUUUCAAAGUAGCUGCGACUGAAGACACUCUUGGUAAAGUAGUGAAGGAUCUAACUGAGCACGGCGCAGAAUUACAGGAUCUUGGCGACGGAAUAUCUGACGGAAUGGACGAAGUUGUAGGAUAUCCAGUGGAAGGAAAUUAUAUCCCUCCUGAUAUGCUCUCACCUUCAUCUUCGAAUCUCACAGGAUCCGGUGCAUCUCCAAAGCUCAGACGUUUUGUCCAUGCUCUAGCUCCACUCAGCCAAAUGCUGGAUUACAACAGCCGCCUUCGAGCACUGUCUGGAGGACACGGUCAGUUUGACAUGGUCAAUGCUGGAUUCCGUGUCGUCGCUGAACCUCGAAAAAUGGAGAUACUACGUGAAAUCGGAAGAGCAUAA